CUCUAGGUUGCUUUCUCACCAGCCGGAAACAUCUUUGUAGUCCCCGGUACAUAUACGCGCGUACGUAUUAUCCAAGACACGGCCUCCAAAAAUGAUUGCCGUUGCCGUCGUGCUCCCCAAUACAAGGCGCUCACAGUUUCCAGAUUUGCCAUGGCUCCUCCAUCGUCUGCGGCACUGCCUUUGAACGUGCCUGCGACACCCUCUCGCUCUCCCAUUCCCCCGUCGCCCAGCAGCUCCACCGCGGUCUCUUCCAACAGCACGAAGCCCGCGAGCACCUCGUCGGACAUCUCCAGCCCGCACGAACUGACCGCUUUCGUCGAGAACCUCCUCGAGCAGCUUGACGCAAAAUUCGAGGACAUGUCCUCCCAGAUCCUCGAUCGAAUGAUGCAAAUGUCCAGCCGGGUGGACGCACUGGAGGCGUCUAUCCAAGAUAUCAUCAAUUCGGGCGACGGCCCCUCCCCCGCAUCUGGCCUGCCGCAGUCCCCGACUGCCCAGCGCAAGGGCAGCACUUAAGCGUGUGCGUUCAGGCAUGCAACGCCGAGUCUCCCGCUGCUUCUCGAACCGGAUCCUGCAUACCGCCCUCUUUCCCGUCUGUUACAUCACACCCUGUACCCCGUACCGUAAUUCACUAGCCACUGAACGAUACCUAAUACAUUUCAUUACUGGCGCAUGGGCGGAUCCACCUGCGCGGCACCUCCGAGGGUACUG